AUGACAGCGCUCAGAGUGCAGCUGCAGAGGAGCCUCCACAGGUGCUCGGAGCUCAGACGCUGCUCCAUCCUCCUGGCAGAGUGGUUAACCUCUGGAGGAGGUCACACCGUGGAGCUGGAGACCACGACCAAAGUCCAUCUGGCUCCAGUGCUGGAACAUCAACUCAGCAACUUCCAGACCUUCUGCGCCUCCUCCAAGCGCUCCGUGCUCCUCCUGGUCAGCAGAGACACUGGGGAUGAGGAGGAGGUGCAGGACCAGCUGGAGAUCUACUUCCAGAAGCCCAGUAACGGAGGAGGAGAGAUCGAGACCACAACAUACCUGAGCCCGGGGAGGAGCGAGCUGGCCCUGCUGAGUCCUGACCGCUAG